AUUGAAAUGUACAGUUUGUGACGCAAGCAUCGACGGCGUUGAAGGAUUGUUUGAUCAUUUACAACAGGAGCACGAUAAACGUCUCCACAGGGAGGUCAUGAAUCGCAUUAUUCCUUUUAAAUUUGAAGGUGAAGCUCUUCAGUGUGUCAUUUGUCCAAGCGUCUUCACUAAAUACAAAAUGCUAUUCGAACACAUGCAUACGCAUUACAGAAAUUACGUGUGUAAAAUCUGCGACAGCGGAUUCAUCAAUCCAAAAGCGUUGCUGAAUCACAGCGAAUCACACAUAAAGGGUUCCUUUGCAUGUAGCAAGUGUGAUAAAGUGUUUGAAAACCCUCAAAAGAUGAGAAAUCAUUUCAACGCAGCUCACAGAUUUAUGAACAAGAUCCACAGAUGCGGGGUGUGCAAUGAGAGAUUUAAAUGCAUCAGAAUUAAGAACCGGCACAUGAUAACUGUUCACGGAAUGUCGCCGCUGAAGUGUUUGGCCUGCGACAAAUCUUUUACAACUCCAAGCAGCUUACGUCUGCACAGGCAGAACUAUCAUCUGAUGGAGAGACGUUUCCAGUGCACGGAGUGCGAAAAGAACUUCUUUAACAACGCCGGACUGAAAAACCACAUGUUGAAACACACGGGCAGAAAAGAUUUCCAAUGCACCGUUUGUUUGAAGUGGUUCACAAGGAAGUCUGUGCUGACCCAGCAUAUGCGUAUACAUGCGAACGACCGCCGGUAUAUAUGCAUGCAUUGCGGUCGAGGAUUCGUGCAGAAGUGCAGUUGGCGCGGUCACAUGCGAACUGUACACGGAGAGAAUGAUAAAUAAAUAAUUGAUUGGUAUAAAAUAAGUUAGAAAGAAGACUGAGCCGGUGUUAUGAUCUAUACUAAUAUUAGAAAUGCGAAAGUAUCUAAUUCUGUCAAUGUGUCUUUCUCUUUGUCUGUUACCUUUUCCGGCUUCACCACUGAUUUCUUUUUUAAUAAUCUUAGGUAUAGAUAAUCUGUAUCUAUACGCAUGUACCUAUAAUUCUCAACGAAAUUUAAUUUCGUAGACAAAUACAAACUAACGUAUAUACGUAUACAAUAUUGUGGACAUAAUAUCUUCGUUGGUUACGGAAAAUUUUGUAAAAUAAAAUGUUUAUAAAAUCUAAAUGAUUAGGUAUUUAUAAAAUUAUGUGUUGUUAUUUCAGUCAAUGACACGUAUGGGAGAAGUAUAUGUG